CACUAUGAUUUUCAGCCUAUAAUUAUUGAUGCCAGAAACCAUUUGCUUGGCCGAUUAGCUGCGAUUGUAGCAAAGACCUUGCUUCAUGGUCAGAAAAUGGAUUUCCUUAAAAAGCGAAUGAAUACGAAUCCGUCCCGUGGCCCAUAUCAUUUUCGAGCGCCUUCAAAGAUUUUUUGGAGAACAGUGCGUGGAAUGUUGCCUCACAAGCUAGCCCGUGGAAAAGAGGCAUUAAAGCGUCUCAAGGUAUUCGAAGGCAUUCCUCCACCAUAUGAUAAAAAAAAACGAAUGGUGGUUCCAUCUGCUCUCCGUGUUUUGCGCUUGAAACAGCGCCGAAAAUUCUGCCUACUUGGCCGCCUUUCGCAUGAAUUCGGAUGGAAAUAUCAGGGGAUUAUAGAAAAAAUGGAAAAUAGAAGAAAAGCAAAGGCCGCGGUAUGGUAUAAGAAGAAAAAACAGGCUCGUGCGCCGGUUGAAGCCGCUCAAGGAAAAGCGCGUGAGGCUGUCAAACAAUAUAAACUUAUAAUGAAAAAGAUCGCGAUUGAGGGCAACGAAUAG